AUGCGGCCGCUUUCGGACGCGCACCCCGAGCUUGAAAUUAUCGAUAAUCUACCGCUAUUUAUUGAAUACCGCGUCUAUAACUGUUCUCUCACAAAGGACGGGUCGAAUCGCCUUCGACGACGCUAUGGUGUCUCGCUGCGAGACGUGUCACACUUUUCCGUCUCGAUAUACAUCUGGACUGUGCUCCAUUAUCCUCUCGUCGGAGGCCUGCUUCUCGUAAUGUUGGCGCACGCGAUGUGCACGCAGCUGCUAUGGGAAUCUCUUGUUGUUCUUCCGGAUCUCGGACUUCAGAUUGAGACAGCCCGAGGCAUCAGCAUGCCCUUCUUCACCCAGCCACUAUUCACUUCUCGCGCAUUCAUACCCCUGGAAGACAUACAUGACAUUCUUAUCAAUGAAGGACUUCAUCGCUGGAGCUGGUACUACUACCUGGCCAUCUUCCAACGGCCAUCGUCCUUCAAAAGGAACCAACUGGAUCUCAAACUGAGAUUGGCUUUCAAGGAUAUCUUACCUCCGCUUGCUGUGCUUCGUAUCGUCUACCACAACGCACGACAAAUUCUUUUUCACAAUGUACAAACGAGAGGUGCAUAA